AUGGUGGAAAAGUUGCAUCUCACGGUGGAGAAACAUCCUGAGCCAUACAAGCUCUCUUGGCUCAAGAAAGGCAACGAUGUUCGUGUCGACAAACGUUGUUUGGUCCAAUUCUCGAUUGGACGAUACUACAAGGAUGAGGUUCUUUGCGACGUGGUUCCUGUGGAUGCAUGCUAUCUACUCCUUGGACGGCUUUGGCUAUAUGAUCGAAGGGUUAUUUAUGAUGGGUUCAAGAAAACUUAUUCCUUUGUCAAGGAUGGUGUUAAAAUCACCUUGGGACCUUGUCAAAUGGAGAAUAAAUCCAAGUCCUCGAAUGGAAAUUGGAGUUCACUUCUCUCCAAUUGUCAAUUUCUUCAUAGAAUGGAUCGCUUUAUUGAUGCUUUUGCACUAGUGCUCUUACAGGAGAAUGAAGAUCAAGAGCACAUCCCUUAUAGUUUGAAGCCUUUGCCCAAGGAGUUCCAAGAUGUUGUCCCCGAUGAGAUUCCUCCUGGACUUCCAUCCGUGCGAGAAAUUCAACAUAACAUUGAUUUCGUUCUCGGUGCUUCAAUUCCCAAUAAAGCAGCUUAUCGAAUGAGUUCGAAAGAGCACAAAGAACUACAACGACAAGUUGACAAGCUUCUACGAAAGGGCUUGAUUCGAGAAAGUUUGACCCCUUGUGCGGUGCCCGCUCUCUUGGUACCAAAGAAGGAUGUUUCUUGGCGGAUGUGUAUUGAUAGUCGAGCGGUCAACAAGAUCACAAUCAAGUAUCGAUUCCCGAUUCCUCGUCUUGAUGAUUUGCUUGAUCAACUUCAUGGUUCAUCAAUCUUCUCCAAGAUGGACCUUCGAAGUGGACAUCAUCAAAUAUGA